UCAACUUUAUAUAUUCUCUCUUCUAAACCCUUUCUUCUUUAUCCUUUCUCUCUCAAUAUACUGUAUCUUCUUUUACACAUGGAGAAAACCAAAGAUAAAGAAACUCAAGAUUUCAUGAAUGUUGAAUCUUUUUCUCAACUUCCUUUCAUGAGACCAACGAAAGAAAAAGCCGCGAUUAGGCUUUUUGGUAAAGAAUUACUAGGUACUACUAUUCGUCAUGAAGAUCAAUCAAUUGAGAUUCAUGAUAGUGUUGGAGAUACUACAGAAAUCAACAAUAACAACAGAAAAUUUGAAUGCCAAUAUUGUUGUAGGAACUUCCCAACAUCACAAGCCCUAGGAGGACAUCAAAACGCACAUAAAAGAGAACGUCAACAUGCUAAGAGAGCUCAAUAUGCAAAAUAUCAGUACAACGCUUAUUUUAAUUCAGCGUUGUACAAUACUAGUAGUACAAGUAGUACUACUAGUGGUGGUUUGUAUGUGAAUAAUAACGGCCAUAGCCAUUAUUAUUCACAACAAAUUAAUCGCGAUAUAAAUGAAAAUCACCGUUCAUUGUCAGCGUUAUGGAGAGUACCUCAUGUUCAUCAUAGUAGUAUUAGUAGUAGUAGUAAUUCUUACUCUCCUAAUAAUGUUUCUAAUUUUGUUAGGCCAAUAGUUUAUAAUAAUGUUAAUGGAGAUUUGAAGAAGAUUAACACAAAGAGUAGCUCAAUUUCUUUAACCAGAUUUGGGUAUGAAUUGAAGGAAGGAGUACAUCAAGAUCAUGUAAGUUUAGAUCUACACUUGUAAAGAGUACAAUCCAAGCUAUAGUAUCGACUCUGUUUCAAUUUGUUCGUCAAUUUUGUUCAUCUUAUUUAUUUAUUUUUGGACCUCUUUAAUUUA